AUGGAAAAGUACAAGAUUGUGGAGGAGCUGAAUCCUGGGGCCCUGGGGCUGAACCUGGUGGUGAAGGAGAAAGCAACCAAAGUAAAGCGUGUAAUAAAGCAGGUAGAAUGCAUUGACGAUCAUCAUGCCAAUGAGGCCCUGGAGGAGCUGAUGCCUGUGCUGAAGCUUCGGCACACCAACAUCUCCGUCUACCGGGACAUGUUCAUCACGUGGAAUAGCCAGAUCUCCUCCCUGUUCCUCUGCCUGGUGAUGGACUACAGCAGGGGGAGCUUGCAGAGGGUCAUCGACAAGAACAGGGAGAAGAGGAUGGUCAUGGACUCGGAGUGGCUGCAGAACAUGCUGGGCCAGGUGCUGGAUGCUCUAGAAUACCUGCAUCAGUUGGACCUCAUCCACAGGAACCUCAAGCCCUCCAACAUCGCUCUGGUCAGCUCCAACCACUGCAAACUGCAGGACCUGAGCUGCAACGCACUGAUGACCCACAAGGCCAAGUGGAACGUCCGAGCAGAGGAAGACCCCUUUCAGAAGUCCUGGAUGGCCCCAGAAGCCCUCAACUUCUCCUUCAGCCAGAAAGCGGACAUCUGGUCCCUGGGCUGCAUCAUUUUGGACAUGGUCAGCUGCUCCUUCCUGGACGCUACAGAGGCCAUGCUGCUGCGCAAGUCCCUCAGGAGCCUCCCCGGGGGCCUGAGCGGUGUGCUGAGGACCAUGGAGGAGAAGCAGGUCCCCAAUGUGAAGACCUUCGCCUCCCUCCUGCCCCAGAUGCUGCAGGUCAACCCCGAGGAGCGGAUAACAGUCAGGGACAUCAUCCAGCUCACCUUCAUACGCAGCGAUUUCAGGUCCCAGAGCCUGUCCCUGCGGCUGCAGCGGCGGGAGGUGCCCGCAUUCAUCUCCCACAUACUGCUGGAAGGCCACGUGCCCAGCAUUCUAGGGGUCAUGCACAACUUCUCCAGCCGGCCUGAAGUCCAGCUCAAGACCAUGAACAGGCUCCUGAAAAUGUCUGAUGACCAGCUAGGUCUGCCGUGGCCGACGGAGCUGGUGGAGGUGUUGGUCACCAUCUUGAAGCAACAUGAGAGAGUCCUCGACAUCCAGCUGGGUGCCUGCUCCCUGCUGCUGCGCACCCUGGGCCGAGCACUGGCACUGGACCCGGGUGCCGAGACGCCCAGGGCCAAGCACAUCACCUCCGUCCUGCUGGGCAUCCUGAGGAGCCACCCGGGGAGCCAGGAGCUCCUGGUCCUGGUCUACAGUCUCCUCACCAUUGUCUGCAGCCAGGGUGGUGAUACAGAGGAGCUGCAGGAGGCGGGGCUGUUUGAGCACAUCCUGGAGCACCUGAGCAACUUCUCCAGUAACAGGAACAUCUGCAUGACCGGCCUAGGCCUGCUCUGGGCCCUGCUGGUGGACGCUCCCGCUGUGAACAAGGGGCCCUUGGAGAAAGCCCCGGCCCUCAUCUCGGAGUUGCUAGCCACCUACUCUGCGGACGGGGAGAUGGCGGAGGCCGGCUGUGCGGUCCUCUGGUUGCUGUCCUUGCUAGGCUGCAUAAAGGAGCCCCUGUUUGAAGAGGUGGUGUCGCUGUUCGUGCGAAGCAUCAGGCAGGGCCAGGACAGGGUGCUGCUGCUGAACAACGCCCUCCGGGGGCUGGCCAGCCUCGCCAAGGCGUCUGAGCUGGCGGCACUGCGGGUGGUGAUGCUGGAGGAAGGCGGCAGCCUCAGCCUCCUCAGGGACACCUACGAGCUGCACAAGGACCACCCGGAGGUGGUCGAGAACCUGUGCCUGCUGCUGCUCCACCUCACCUCCUACCAGCACAUCCUGUGCGGGCUGGCGGCAGGCGGCAUGCAGGCCCUGGUGCAGGAGAUCCAGGGGCGCUUCGCCUCCGGCCCGGACCUGGCCUCUCUCACAGAAAAGCUGCUCCUGAGACUGGAGGGGGCCAAGCUGCUCUGCUCUGCCGAGGAGCAGUCACCUCUGGCCUGA